AUGAAGGGAUCCGCAAAAGACAGGUUCAGACGAGUAAUUCAGCCGAUAAUGGGGCAGCUGACCUGGGCAGAGUUUGUGACACGAUAUAGAGAGUUUUUCCUACCAUUCUCUGUGACAGAAAGCUAUCGGGACAUGCUAUUAGCCUUAAGUAAAGGUGACAUAUCACUACAGGAGUAUGCGAUAGAGUUCACCAGGCUAAGCCGUUUUGCGCCUUAUUUGAUUAUGGACCCUGUACGGGUCAAUUCAAGGUUUGUGAAAGGCUUGGGGCCCGAGUUCAUUGGUUUAUUGAGUGAGGUGAAUCGAGACUUGGUACAUGUGAUUGAUAGUGCUCGGCAAAUGGAGACAUAUUUGAUUCAGUUUGGAAGAAUUCCUGAUCCUACCGGGCAGCUACAAGCCAGAAGUGAAAAUACUAGUGCUGUACCAAGUGUCGCGAUGCAGUUCAGUGCAGGAAGUUUUUCAGGACCUCGACGUCGAAAUUUUAAGAAGGGCAAACGUAAUGUACGAUUUAACACUCCAGGAGCAGGUUCAAGUAGUCAAAGUUCAGGAAGUGCAGGAACGCUACCCCCAGUUUGUCAAAAUUUUAGGAGAAGACAUUAUGGUCUGAGACCUACAUAUUCUUUAGCUUCUGGACAGGUUCCAGCGGGAAGUACAUUUAGUGGCCAGCGCGGUAGAGGAUUCGGAGGUAGAGGCGGAGGAAGAAAUGGCGGUAGAGGUACUGAUCAGGCUCCCCAGGCUGGUAGGGGACAAGCUAGAGUUUUUGCGCUUAACCCUCAUGAGGCUCAAGCUUCAAAUGCAGUCGUGCAAGGUACUCUCCCUAUAUAUACUAUAGAUGCUUUCAUUUUAUUCGAUCCGGAUGCUACUCACUUGUUUGUUUCACCGAGUUUUGCGAUGAAAAUAGGAAGACCACCUGUUUAUUUGCAAAAUACCUUAUCAGUAGCCACCCCUGUAGGUGAAAGUGUAGACAUAAACAUUGUUUAUCCGUCUUGUCCUGUGAGUGUUCAAGGACGAGAUUUGUUUGCUGGUUUGCUUUUGCUUGAGGUAUUAACCUUUAACGUGAUACUGGGAAUGGAUUGGUUAGCAUUACAUUAUGCGAAUGUGGAUUGUCGGAAGAAAAUGGUGACGUUUAAUACUCCUGGAGUUCAACCAUUUUCAAUUCAAGGUGAAAAGACAGAGUCGCCUACGAGUUUGAUAUCAGCUAUUAAAGCACGGCGGAUGCUGAAGAAAGGGUGUCAAGGGUUCCUGGCUAUAGUGCGAGACAUAAAUAAGAGUCAAGGCAGUGUUUGCGAUGUACCGGUGGUGUGUGAGUAUCCAUAUGUUUUCCCAGAAGAAUUACCUGGAUUACCACCUGAUAGAGAAAUAGAAUUCUGCAUUGAUUUGGUUCCUGGUACAACUUCGAUAUCAAUACCUCCAUAUCGGAUGGCACCAGCAGAACUAAAGGAGCUAAAAGAUCAGUUGGAGGAAUUACUUGAUCGUGGUUUCAUCCGACCGAGUGUAUCACCUUGGGGUGCACCGGUGUUGUUUGUUAAGAAGAAGGAUGGAACACUACGGCUUUGUAUAGACUACAGACAGCUGAACCGGGAUAAAAGAAUUGAUGAUUUAUUUGAUCAACUGCAAGGAGCAAAGUAUUUAUCCAAGAUUGAUUUAAGAUCGGGCUAUCAUCAAUUAAAAAUCUGGAAUGAAGACAUUUCAAAGACUGCUUUCAGAACUCGUUUUAUUGAUGAUAUUCUUAUCUACUCGCGUACGAAGGAGGAACACACGCAUCAUUUGCGUUUGGUGCUUCAGACCCUGAGAGAACACCAGCUGUAUGCUAAGUCCUCCAAAUGUGAAUUCUGGUUAGAAGAAGUUGCAUUCUUGGGACAUGUAGUGUCUCAAAGUGGAAUUAAUGUUGACCCUAUGAAGAUCGAGGCAGUAACUGAGUGGAAGCGACCAAGUUCAUUCACCGAAAUUCGAAGUUUCCUGGGUUUAGCAGUAUACUACAGACGUUGUGUGCAAGACUUUUCAAAGAUCUCUGCACCUUUAACAAAGCUAACCCAUAAAAAUGCAAAAUUUGACUGGACAGAUCGAUGUGAAGCCAGUUUCCAGAAGUUAAAGGAAUGUCUGACAACCGCUCCAGUAUUAGCGCUACCAAAAGGUACUGAAGGGUUUACUGUUUAUUGUGAUGCUUCAAGAGUCGGUUUGGGAUGUGUCUUGAUGCAGCAUGGUCGAGUUAUAGCUUAUGCUUCUCGGAAGCUGAAAAAGCACGAGGUGAACUAUCCAACACAUGACUUAGAACUAGCAGCGGUAGUCUUUGCGCUAAAAUUCUGGAGGCACUACUUGUAUGGUCCAACAUGUGAGAUAUUCACGGAUCAUAAGAGUUUAAAAUAUAUCUUUGAUCAAUGUGAAUUGAAUCUCAGGCAGAGAAGGUGGCUAGAGUUGCUAAAAGACUAUGAUUGCACUAUACAAUAUCAUCCUGGAAAAGCCAACAUAGUGGCAGAUGCACGGAGCAGAAAGUCUGCAUGA